AUGUCAUCAUUUUUUUCAUGUGAGGAUGACCAAUACUCUUUAUUUUAAGGUGUUGGAACAAUAAAUUGUAAUAGCUCUACUUGUGGAUAGUUUUCUGUUUGCAGCAACUUAUCUUUUAAAGGAUAACCCAUUAAUUAGAUAGGCUGUUGUAGAGAAGGAGUCUUGUAUUCUAAUGCAGUCUCAAUUAUUAUGUAUAUUCUAAUUAUUCCAAUUAUUGGAAUUUGCAGCCUUGGAGCUUUAGGAGGUGAAAAUAAUAUUAAAUUCAUUAGGUGGUGUUUUUAAAAGACCAUUUUUAGAAGCAAUUCUAAAUAUAAACUCAUCUACUUCUGGAGACAUCACUGCUUGUCUUAUGUUUAGUGCCUAAAUAGUGAAUUAAAUCAUAAUCUUUUUUCAAAGGUAUUUAAAAUAAUUCUAUGCUUAUAGUCAUCCUGAUUAACCUGAACGUCCUUUAGUUAAUUUUGAAAUAGGAUUAGUCUAUGCCUUAGGGAUACCUAUAUCAAUGUAGGUUGGAAUGGAUUUGGCAAACUAUUUGCCUCUUUUGCCUUUGAUGACAUUAUAAAUGAUCUUUUUUGUAGUUAUUUGCCCUGUUCUUUUAUAUUUUGCAAAAUCGGAAUAAGUUAUUGAAACCAAUAAAUAAAAGAAGAGUGAAAUACAACCAUCUCCAAUAAAUACUAAUGAUUAAAAUGUUGAAAGCAACAUAAAUGAAGAAUAAAGAAUUUCUAAUUUAUUUAAAUAGUUUUAAGAAGAAUCAAAUUCAAGAUUUCCAUUAUUGCCUAUCCUCUUGGCAUUUGGAAAUUUUGCAGUGAAUGAAUUAAUAAUUUUACUGAGGACAACAUCAUAUUAAAUAUCACCUUAUUUUUAUCCAAAUGAUUAAGAUUUUGGUGAUCAAUUUUCUGCUUGUGAACCAUGGAAUUUUUAUAUGCUAAUUCUUUUAUUUGGUGUAAAUAUCAUUUUUACAUUCUUUGUAUUCUUUUAUAUGCGUAAGAAAGAACUUCUUAAAAAUACUGUGAAUUUUAAUAUGAAUGAACGUUACUACACACCAAUUUCUAGAUUUUUUAAGAUUUAUGGGGCUGGUUGGGCUACAGGAUUUAUAGCUGGAUUCUUAGGAAUGGCAGCUGGAUUGACUUUGUUUGUAACUAUGAUAGAAUUUGGCUUAGUCGCUGCGGCGGCUGCAGCUACAGCAAAUUAUGGAUAUUUCAUUGUAUGUUUGCAAGUCUUUAUUUCAUUUUUAGUAAAAGAAAAUUAGGAUUUAAGUUUAACAGUCGGUUAUCAAUUUUUCUUUUAUGGAAUUGGAGUAUUUAUUUAUAUUUAGAUUUUAAGGCUAUUGGAGUAUUGAUUUUUACUAAUUUAGGAAUUUAUAUGAUUAAAAAGUACAAUAUAGAACACAUAGUAUUCUAUGUCGACUUUGCUUUGGUUUUACUCAAUAUGAUUGGUAAUAUUGCCUGGGGUAUAUAAUAAUCUGAAAGAUUUUCAUAUCAUUCCUUGGUAUACAAUCCACAGAGUUGUACAGCUUAAAUUUUAAGCAAAAGCUCAGUGCAAUGAUA